AUGGUUUCCACUAGACGGCCUGUCGUUUAUGACUGGAAACAAAACAAUGACGCAUGCGAAGGCGAUGGAGAGAGUGCAUCUUUCCUAUUCCAUUAUCUCCAAGGAUUGCUUAACCAACGAACCCUUCAGAGGAAACAGAGACGGGCCAGAAAUGAUGCAGGGACGACAUCUGUUUACUCUAAUUCUGUUCUUCUCCUUCAUUUUUUUUCCGUCAACUUGUCUAAAUUGACCGUACGAGCCCAGAAUUUGCCACCUGCUAGGUACGAUGGGUUCGUGUACGAGAAUCGUCAAGGUGACUUGGACUCCAUCCUGAUCGAAGCAUUCUAUGACCCUGUCUGCCCCGAUUCCAGAGACUCCUGGCCACCUCUCAAAGAAGCACUUAAACACUACCGUUCUCGUGUUUGGCUCGUCGUUCACCUCCUCCCCUUACCGUACCACGACAAUGCAUUUGUUGCUUCUCGCGCCUUGCAUAUCGCGAAUACGCUCAAUAGUUCGUUUACAUUCCCUUUGUUGGAGCAGUUCUUCAAGCAUCAGGAGAAGUUCUAUAAUGCCAAAACAAGCAAUUUGUCAAAAGUUUCUAUUGUGAAGGAAAUAGUGAAGUUUGCCACUGUAGCGGUUGGGAAUUCCUAUUGUUCUGCAUUUGAAUCUGGUUUUAAUGAUAGACAAACUGAUCUGAAAACUAGGGUGUCCUUCAAGUAUAGUACUUCAAGAGGGGUAUUUGGCACUCCCUCUUUUUUCGUCAAUGGAUUUCUGUUACCUGAUACUGGUUCUCCUUUGGACUACAAUGGUUGGAGAAGAAUUAUUGAUCCAUUGGUUGGUGCAAAGAGUAGUCAGAGCAUCAAUCUUCCCCAUUUCAGGUUUUGA